CCCUAGGCCCCAACCCCAUCUGCACCCCCGGCUGUCAUCUUCUUCCCCGCCCUCGCCCUCGCCCCAGCAACCGCUCGCCCCGACCGCGGCACCACCCAUCGCACAGUGGCCGUGUGCGGUGGGGUGGUCUGCGAGGCUAUGGCGAUGGCGAGGAGGCAGCACAUCACAAUAUUCACCACGGCGAGCCUGCCGUGGAUGACCGGCACUGCUGUCAACCCUCUGUUCCGGGCCGCUUACCUCGCCAAGGCCCGGGACUGGGAGGUCACGCUGGUGGUGCCGUGGCUGUCAAAGGGGGACCAGACGCUGGUCUAUCCUAACAAGAUGAAAUUCAGUGGGCCGGCGGAACAAGAAGGCUAUGUGCGGCGGUGGCUUGAGGAGCGGACUGGGCCGUUGCCGAGAUUCAACAUAAAUUUCUAUCCUGGGAAGUUUUCGACAGAGAAAAGAAGCAUUCUACCUGUUGGGGAUAUAACCGAGACGAUAUCUGAUGAAAACGCAGAUAUUGCAGUUCUAGAAGAGCCAGAACAUCUUACCUGGUACCAUCAUGGCCGGAGGUGGAAAAACAAAUUCCGUAAAGUUAUAGGUGUUGUUCACACCAACUAUCUGGAAUACGUGAAGAGGGAGAGAAAUGGGUACAUUCACGCAUUUCUCUUAAAACAUAUCAAUUCUUGGGUCACCGACAUCUACUGCCAUAAGGUUAUAAGAUUAUCGGGAGCAACUCAGGAAGUCCCGAGAUCUGUAAUUUGUAAUGUUCAUGGAGUAAACCCGAAAUUUAUUGAAAUUGGCAAAUUAAAGCAUCAACAAAUAUCUCAAAGAGAGCAAUCAUUCUUCAAGGGUGCAUAUUAUAUUGGAAAGAUGGUCUGGAGUAAAGGCUACACAGAGCUGCUCCACCUGCUUCAGAAGCACCAAAAGGAAUUGUCUGGUCUCAAGAUGGAGCUGUAUGGCAGUGGAGAAGAUUCAGAUGAAGUUAAAGCAUCAGCUGAGAAACUCAAUCUGGACGUUAGAGUCUAUCCUGGUCGCGACCAUGCAGAUUCAAUAUUUCACGACUACAAGGUUUUCAUAAACCCAAGCACAACAGAUGUAGUGUGCACCACAACUGCAGAAGCCUUGGCGAUGGGGAAGAUUGUGAUCUGCGCAAACCAUCCUUCGAACGAGUUUUUCAAAAGAUUUCCCAACUGCCACAUGUACAGCAUGGAGAAAGAGUUUGUGAGGCUAACCAUGAAAGCACUGACAGAAGAGCCGAUCCCACUGACAGAGGAACUGAGGCAUGAGCUUUCCUGGGAGGCGGCGACAGAGAGGUUUGUCAGGGUUGCGGAUAUCGCACCAGCCACGCCCGCCAAGCAGCACCCUUCCUCGUCGCAGCGUUUCAUGUACAUCAACCCGGAUGAGCUGAAGAAGAACAUGGAAGAGGCGUCGGCAUUCUUUCACAACACCAUCUCCGGGUUUGAAGCCGCCCGCUGCGUGUUUGGCGCGAUACCGAACAGCCUGCAGCCCGAUGAACAGCAGUGCAAGGAGCUCGGGUGGAGACCCCAGGGGCUAUAGCCUUUCCACCUCCAUGCCGUUGCCGUCGAUCAUACGAGUUUACAACUAAUUGCAGUUCAGUUGGGGGGCUCAGGGAACUAACUCUGAAACGGAGACAUCUGUGCUCUGAAAAGGAUUGCCGUUUGACUUUUGACAGGCCCUUGCUUUGCUUUUCCGGUGUGAUGAAACUGCAGUUUUCCUUGGUGGCGUCCAUCAGGUUCCUCUAAUGCAUCAUAUCCGUGUCUGGCGAUUGUGAAGUCUAACAGCAGGUGAGGAGUGCUCCUGUAAAUUUGCAAAGUUGAAGUCACUUCCUCAUGUGGCAUGUAUGCUCUGUAACAUGCGUGACAAGUACUGCCGUGUAAAGCCCGCUUGUGUUCCGCAACAAUUCCAUGUGCUGCCGCUCUUCGCCCAUCUGAAAAAGUCUUGUAUGUAUAUAUUGGCAUAUUGCUUC